AUGAAGCCCACCAUCGUCAUCAACUUCAUUGCUACCUUUGGCCUUCUCGGCCUCGCCUCGGCGGCCAAACUCUCCCAGGCUGAGGCCGAGUCACUUUGUGGUGACCUCGGUGUCAUGGAUACCUCAAACCUCCCUGAUGGUGUUGAUCCCAAUGCCGUCCGGACUUGCAAAGAACAUCCCGAAGGAAAAGCGGGAAAGACCGUCACUGAGGGCGAUUUCCAAUGCUGGUGGCCAUUGUUACAAGUCUUGCGCGCAGCCUGGCUCCGGAGAAUGGUGCUGGACGGCUGA